CAUACAGACUUCAUAUUUUCAAUUUUUCAAAGUCAUAAGUUGGAACAUGUUAACAGAAUGGAUAGUGAAAGUACUGAACAAAAUAUACAUUACUUUCCAAAAUAUUUGACAAAYCAAAAAUUAUUGGAAUUGCAAUUAAGUGAUGUAAAUUUUAGGCGUUACAUUCUUAUACAAUUUUUAUUGCUUUUCCAGUAUUUGGAUGCUCCUGUUAAAUUUAAACUUGAUAAUUUCAAGAUUAAACCAGAACAACAAGAAUGGAUAAAAAAUUCUAUUGCUACUAUUUAUGAACUAAUUAAUAAUACACCACCUGAUGGUGUCAGAUUUUCUGAAGUAGUAAAGAAUAUAUUACAGAGAGAAGAACAAUGGAAUAAAUGGAAAAAUGAUGGUUGUCCAGAAGUAACUAAAAGACUACCUACUAGUGAUCAAAGUGAUAUGCCCGCACCCAAACGAAGACUUCGAAGAAAUUUAGGGGAUGUUAUAAAGAAUAUGACUGCUAAUAACAAAGUUUUUUUAGGAGACCCUGAAUUAACCAAGCUAUGGAAUUUUAAGCCAGAUAAUUUAGAAGCUUGUAAAGGACCAGAACGAGAUUUUUUACCGUCAUUUGAUUCAUUUUUCCAGGAAGCAUUUGAGCAAUUGGAUCCAGAAUUGUGUAUUGAAAAUCAAUAUAAAAAAGUAAAUGAUGGCAACUUUGGAUGGCGUGCACUAAGACUAUUAGCUCGUAAAAGUCCACAUUUUUUUGCUCAAAGCAAUAAUCCUAUACAUAAAUUGUCUGAAUACUUAGAAAAUAUGAUUAAAAAAACAAUGAGCAAAGAAAAAAUAUCCAUCAACCAAGGUUCAGAUAAGCAUGUGUCCCCAAAUAAUAAAGAAUUUAAAAAAGAAUCUGUAAUUGAAUCAGAAGAAGUUGAUAUUUCGGAAGGAAUUCAAGAUGAGAAUGAAAACGAAAAUAAUAUUGAAUUAGAAGAUAAAAAUAAGAUUCCUAAACAAAUUAUUGAACAAGUUGCAGCUGCGAUAGGAGAUAAAUGGAAUAUCCUUGCUGAAAAACUUGGCUACCAACCAGAUGAGAUUGAGUUUGUGAAAACAAUAAAAACAACACCUUUAGAUCAAGCCACAUAUUUACUAGAAGUGUGGGUUGAAGAUGCAGAAAAUCCUAAGCCUGAAAACCUUAUUUAUAUUUUAGAAGAAAUUCAAUUAAUUGAAGCUGCUAAUAUCCUUAAAUCCUAAUAUAGAAUUUUAUUGUAUAUUUACUACAUUCAAAAUAAUUUUGUAUUUAAAAGACUCAUAAGAAUAAUUUGAC